CUUUGCCAUGAGUGCUCCUAUAGUCAUCUGCCAAAGCUCAAAGUGUCCGCACGGAAACCCCCCCUCUCGUCUGGAAUGUCCGACAUGCCAUAAACUCGGGAUCCAGGGCUCCUUUUUCUGCGGACAGGAUUGCUUCAAGGCCGACUGUGAGUCUAAAACGCACAAGCUCGUCCACGAGCUCGCCACUCCUCGUCAGCUGCUGCUUGAUGACCCAUCGAUCAACAAAAAUGGCACAUUCAAUCCCUUUCAUGGGUAUCGCUUCUCCGGAAGUUUGCGUCCUGUAUAUCCUCUGUCGCCUCCUCGAACUGUCCCCGAACAUAUCCCUAAGCCUGAUUAUGCCGAAGACGGCAUCCCGACUUCCGAAAGCAGGCGAGCAGGACAACCGCCCCGUAUAUUGUCUACAGAAGACCAGGAAAAAAUGAGAAAGGUUUGCAAGCUUGCUAGAGAAGUCCUUGACAUCGCUGCUUCGCACAUCCGUCCCGGGAUCACUACAGACGAUAUAGAUGCCGUUGUCCACCAAGCCGCUAUCGAACGGAACGCAUAUCCGUCCCCGCUGAACUACCGACAUUUUCCCAAAUCAGUCUGCACCUCCGUGAAUGAGGCCAUCUGUCACGGGAUCCCGGAUCAGCGUAGAUUACAAGAAGGCGAUAUUAUCAAUAUUGAUGUCACUCUCUAUUACGAUGGAUUCCACGGCGACCUGAACGAGACAUAUCCUGUGGGCAGAAUAGAUGAUGACUCCAGGAAAUUGAUUCGCGUAGCAAGGGAAUGCUUAGAUGAAUCUAUAAAGCUAUGCAGGCCUGGCGCCCUUUUCCGCGAUCUGGGCAAGACAAUUGAACCUAUCGCACGAGCGAAUGGGUGUUCAGUCGUACGAACAUACACUGGACACGGGAUCAACGAUCUCUUCCACUCUUCACCCAACGUUCCUCACUAUUCAAAAAACAAGGCUAUUGGUACCAUGAAGCCAGGCAUGACGUUUACAAUUGAGCCUAUGAUCAAUCUCGGAAGCAGCUGGGACGAAAUUCAUUGGCCGGAUAAUUGGACAGCUACAACGUCAGAUGGGAAGAAAAGCGCACAGUUUGAGGAAACACUACUAAUCACUGAGACAGGGGUAGAGAUCUUGACCGCUGGGAAACCCAGAGUUUUGUAGCACUUUGGACUUAUUGUUUACCAUUUGCAGAACCUUCUCUCAUAUUGUUUGCGUGGAUUUCCCGCUUCGCGCGAUUAUCGGACAGUAGUCUGGCUGUGCGUAUUUGUAUACCGAUGUGGUUGCGGAAGAUCAGCUGGCUUCGGAGGCACGACCAUUCGCUCGAUCAUGUGGUUGAUUUGGAUCUCUUAUCUGUAUUGCGGACCUAGGUGUCACUGGAACCCAAGGAACCCAGCUGGUGUAUGUAGGCGCACGGGUUGGGUUGUGGUGUCUUAUCAAUGUUUCUAUACUGCGAGCGCUUAUGAACGAAGAGCUCCGGGGGUUGAUCCGUUUUCGAAAGCCC